AUGUCGAAAACCCGCCCUGCGCCAACUGGCCAGUUUGGGUGUGUCGAAAACUUUGAACCCCGCCCCCAAGGGUCUACCGUCGACUGGCGAGUCUGCCUGGUCGCGCCGUCGUGGUUAGGCUCCUGCCGCCGUCCCUCGCCGUCGACUGGCGAGCGCCGCCGCCCGUCUGUCUGGGCUGGCUGGCCGGCGCCCACCACCCCACCGCCGCCGCGGCUGAGAGGACCGCAGCCGCGCGCCGAGGCCACCGGCACGAGCGAAGGGGGACGCCAGGACGCUCCCGCCGUCGGGCCUUCCGCUUGGCCCGGGGCAUCACGCCUGGUCAUCCCACUCCCCGCUCGCCCGCUACGCCUGGCCCGCCGCCGCAGUCAACCUCCCAGCCGGGCGCCGCUGGCCCGGUGGCUUCUCGCCUCACUAUAUACUCUCCGACCCCAUUUGGGUGGGGAAAUGCCCAGCAAGCCUUAA